GAAGGGGAGGGGUACUGUACUUCUCUCGCAAGGCUGCGAAGAAGUGUCAUACGCUAAAAAAUGGGGCGCAUAGUUGCCUUUAACAGCUGAUAAUAAGUGUUAAACAUGUUGAUUUCUAUGUUUUCUGUGAUUUGAAAGAAUUCUGUGCGUCUUUGUGAUCUCGUUUCUAAGUUGAGUGAAGAUUUUUAGUUAAAUUACCGGUUAUUAAUCUACUUCUUUCCUAGUCCUAACCUAUCACUCCUAUCAGUGUCAAUGGAAAGUUCUCCACAUAUUUACAAUUUAUAAGUGUCUCAGGAUUUCUCUGCGCUGGAAAUCAUGAGUGGGGAAGUGGAAGCAAAUUUUGACCCAACAGGUAAUGAUUCCUUGGUCGACACAGUUCUCAUAGUUCAAAAUGAAGGUCUAGAAACAUCAUCCUUUUUUGUCCCUUCGCUCAAGGAGAACAGAACCUAUGAAUGUAAACAGUGCCAAGAUGUCUUCAUUUCCAAAGAUAAACUAGCGCUUCACUAUGUGAUGAAUCACAAAUUUGAGUUUUGCUCAAUUUGUAUGGAGGUUGCUGAAACAGUUGACUUGCUCAAGGAUCAUCAGUAUGAGCAACACUUUCCGCUGCGGUGUGAAUCUUGUCAAUUUAUCACAAACUCAAUUGAAGAUAUGUCCUUUCAUCGAGAAGACAAUCACAAAUUAUUACCUUGCCCAUUAUGCUCAGUAAUGUUUAACAGUAGUUUAGAACAAGAGAAUCAUGUGAAGAGAAAACAUUUUGUUUUAUCAAAAGAAUUUAGCAUUGAUAAUGGCAUAGUCUCUGACUGGGAUCUCAUGAAAUGGGGCUACAAAUGCCUUUUGUGCAAUAAAAUUAGAGAGAAGCGUGAAAUAGUUGGACAUUUCCGAGGCUUUCACCGUUUGUCCAUUUACGCUUUAAUCAAGAAUCUAUUUUCUCAAAAUGUCAUAAUUCCUGUUAUUGGUACAAUCAAUUCAGCUAAAACUACCGGGAUGCCUCAACCAAUGAAGAAUUCAUCUUGCUCUUCAUGUAAUUAUUCAAGCGUUAUCCCAGAACUAGCCCACAAUGUCUUAUGUUUCGGUGAGUUUCUAUGCAAAUAUUGCCCAUCAUCAUUCCCUUCAGAGGAUCAACGAGAAGUACAUAAAAGUCAAGAGCAUAGCAAGCUUGAAUGCAAACUGGAAUGUGAAGAUGCUGCUUUCAAAACUGAAGAUACGCUGCAAACUCAUUACAUGACCGUUCAUAAAGCGAGAAUUUGUAAUUUAUGUGAAAUAACAGUACCGCUCCCAGAUAUCUCUAUGAAAGACCAUCUGAAAAAUGUGCAUAAAUACACAAAUCUACUCACUGAAUGUGAAGCUGACCUGACGAUUUUCAAAGCAGAAGAGAAAACUAAUGGCUUCCUCCUGAGCUGUGUCUUGUGUGGAUUUGAUUUAUCGUCUGCUUUUGUUGACGUUCCUGUCCUAUUUGACCAUAUCAGUCAGCACAAUAUCAAUUUGAAUGUUGCAUUGUACCUCCUUGAUGACCUUGGAUUUUUCAGAAAGAGAUUCAAUUUCAAAGGUAAAAUUGAAGUUGAGUCAAGUGUUGCCAAAGAAAAAAUAUCUACUCAGAGUUCAGUGAUACCAGAAAGCCGAGAGGAAUCAAUUCCUGCCACUCCAGAAGAUUCCCAGCCAAAUCAUUUAAAACAUCAAUCAGACUCAGAAACUGAGGAAAUUGAAGGCAAGACAGAUGACCUGUUUGUGGAUGACCACUUCCUGCACUCUGUUAUUGGUAAAAACAAAGGUAAGUCCAAAUUUUACCGAAAAAAGACAUCAUUGACCAAUAAAAAUAAUGAUGAAGAAAGUACUUUUGAUCAUCUUUCUGGUGAUAAUAUGGAUGAGAGCUGUUCAGAAUACGAUCCUAAUGAGGAAGACUCAAGUGACGAUUCAGACCUGGACUUCGAGAAGCAGAAAAAGUCAUCUGAUCAAAUGGAUGAUGAUGAUAAUGAUGGUCUUGAACUGUUUAAUGUAAUUCCAGAAAUAGACCCGAAUGAAGUUGAAUGCUACGUAACUGAGAGUAGUGAUGUUGAUGAUGAUGAAGAAGUUGAGGCUCGAAGCAUCAAAAUUGAAAAUUUAGAUCUCAACAAAGAGCUUGAUGACAUCCAACUUUUGGGCAGAAAUUCUGACAAAAACAGCACCUGUAGUAGUUAUUUUAUCAGCAGUGUCAAAAUAGGAUUAAACUGGUUAGAGCACCAACCUGAUGGAUUCUUCUGUGAGGUCUGCAGCGGAAAGUUUGAACCGAGAGAAGGACUGCGCGAGCUGUUGAGGCAUAUGAAAAUUCUUCAUGGUUUCAAAUCAAAUGUCAGUACGCAACACAUGUUAAGUCAGUUUGAUAACUUUGGACGUGUGAAGGAGGUCUUCUCUCAUAUUGGACCAGUUUUUCCAUGUCCAUUCUGCCCCAUUCGGUCUUCCUCAAAGAGACUAUUACGACGGCAUGCGAUCAAGUUCCAUGGAAACACCUGGUUGCAAGACCCACCCGAAGGACCGAUGGCUUUCAAGUGCUCCAUUUGUCCCACCAAUUUCUGGCAGAUGAAUGAGAGGUCAGCUCAUGAAUAUGCAGAUCAUGCGGAUUCAGCCAUCCUGCGAUGUUACCAUUGUUGGGAGCCAUUUUUCAGAAAGAUAAUGCUCAAUCAGCAUAUCAAGAAGUCCCACCCAGAUGCGCCUCUCUAUACGACUGUCUCUUACAAGUGUCGUCAGUGUCGAGCUCUUUGUCCUUCAUUCGAAGUCCUUCGAAAUCAUUUCAGAGAUAAACAUCCACAUAUCACCGUAUUUCGAUGUCCUCACUGUGAUGUCACGCUGAAAACCAAAAAGUCCUUAAAAGCGCACUUUAAGGGCCAGCAUCUGCAAGAAUCUGGAAUGUACGAAUGUGAUCAAUGCGGUAAAACAGUGUGGAGCAAGCGAGCGCUUGGUGCGCACCGAAGGUUGAAACAUAUGAACUCCAGACUUGGUUUCAGAUGCCGUCUAUGUGGUUUGCGAUUUGCUAAUAAGGAUGAAAGGAAAUUACAUUACCAAAGCGUACAUGUCGGUGAGAGUCCUUAUCAUUGCAAUGAGUGCGGAAAAGGUUUUGCAUCAAAAUCAGGAUUGUACGGUCAUCGGCAAGUUCACAAAUCCACAGAUUACUUCAAGUGUCAGUAUUGUGAGAAGGAAUUCACUCGUAAAGAUAGCUACAAUGAGCAUCUUUUAAUUCAUAUAGGUCCACGACAUAGAUGCCCACACUGUUCCAAAGAAUUUGUUCAGCGAUCUAAUAUGAUUCGUCAUAUUAGAAUACACACUGGUGAGAAACCCUACAAGUGCACUUAUUGCGACAAGACUUUUAGCGAUAAGGGAGCGUGCAAUUCUCACGUACGUGUUCAUACUGGGGAAGAGACUUGUGCUUGUCCAUUCUGUGGUCAAACUUUCUCGAAGAAACAGAAAUUGAAGUAUCAUGUUAGGAAACAUACAGGAGAAGGUCUUGUCUCAUGUGAAGUAUGUAACAAAGUUUUUACGAACAGUUACACACUCAAGGAGCACAGGCUCACACAUGCAAAAACAACAAAAUCUUCUAAAGAGGCUGUCUGCAAGCAUUGCGGAGAAUCUUUUGACUCCUCUAAAUUCUUACAAAGGCAUGCUGCUAUAGCUCAUACAAGUGGUGUUAUUUUUGGAUGUCCGUUUUGUGAGAAAAUAUUUACUCAGCAAGCAAGAUUGCGUUCUCACAUCAUGGCUCAUGCAGAUGUGAAGCAUCUUAGAUGUUUACUCUGCGAGGAUGCUUACUCAGAACGACGCGAACUACAAAAGCACUUGGCCCAGAAACAUGAUGUUGACAGCGGGAGCCCUCAUUACUUAACUUGCUUUCGAAUUGUGACACCAGAAGAAAUCGGCCUGUACAUCCCUAUGUUCCAUGAAGACGACUUCAGUCAGCAAACAAAUCUAGAAAGAGAUAAGAUCCUUCGUGAAUAUUUUACCGCUUUGACCUCGGGAAAAAUCCGGAGCAAGGACAAUCAGACUGUAAAGUUUAACUUUAAAUUACUAGCAACUAAAAAAAAACGUAGGAGUAGAGCCAAACAAAGUGCCAGUAGCUCCAAACAAGACGAUGGCAAUAACCUACCGUACAAUUUAAGAGAAAAUCCACUUAAUCAUGAUUCUGAUAGUAAUGAAGCAUCUGUUAUCAAUCAGUUUGAAGAUCAGUUUGAGGACCCUGCUGAUCAGGUAUAUUUGGCGCACCUUGCAGAACCAGAAUUAGCAUUCUCAGCAUUUGACAAUCUAGGGAUUGAAAGUAAAAGACUAAAGCUAGCCGAUUGUAAUUUAGAUGUUUCCUCUUGCGAUUUAAUGGAAAGUUCUUCCCCUAAAAAAUUUGCCUUGCCAAAUUCUACCAAAAAACGCGAAAAGCAGAAGCGAAAGUCCAAAGCGUUGCCACCAAGAAAACUUCAAAUCGCUGAAAUACCAAGUGAUGAAAGUGAAGAUUUUAGUCGUCUCACUGAUGGCCCAUCCACAGUUGGUGAGAGUGUGAGUGAAGAGUUACCGAGAAUCCCUAAAAUAACUGUAAAAAAGAGUAUGUUAAAAGAAUCAAAAUCUUGGGCAAUUGAAUCAAGUAAACUUGGUGAUUGCCUGCAAGUGGACGGAAGUAAUCAAAAUACCACUAAUGUCUCUGUCAGUUUUAGCGAUGAUGAAGAAAGUAGUGAUGAAGACACAGAUGACAGUUAAAUACCAUUACUUGAAUAGUUUUGUACUCUCACGUGGGGUUAAAUGUCUUUAUGGUGGAUUGUGUUUUCAGUCUGAACUGAAACAUUAAAGAGGAUGUUGUUGAUACAUUCUGACUCAAAAAUUUCUCAAUUAUGAGAAACCUGUUUUUCUCUCAUCUGCCAAAGUCAGUAAAUUUGCCUUUAUCGACACUUGUAGCAUAUGGUCAACAUUUUGAUCCAUAAAUACUGGCAGCUUAUUUUAUGCAUCAUUAUUUUAUUGCUUCUGACUAACUCUUGGUUUUAUGACUGACAUCACUGAAAUAGUGUGAUUUUCAAUGUCUCCUUUUUGUACUUUCAAAUUAGCUGCUCCGUUUAUUUUAGGUUGUUACCUUGUAUUGGAAGCCUGGAAUUGGUUUUACCUCCACAUCUGUUUUUCUAUAUGUUUUGUUUUAACCAAUAGAUCAAUUGUUUGUUUGUUUUUUUUCUGCUCUAGUCUUUUAACUCAAUCGAACUGUCAACACGGUUAGUUGUGCUUUUUUUAAAGAUGUUUUAGUGAAUUUUUUUUGCUUUAUAAUUUUUAUUUAGUUGGAAUCUUUUUUUUCCUUAUAGUAGAGAAACGAGGGGGCUGAUUAAAAAACUUCACAAAAGACGGACGUAAUAUCUUACUCGAAACUAAAAUUAAUUUUAUUAUAUCCAUCUCCCUCAUAUAACAACUCAAAGAUUGUAAAUCUCUACUUUUGAUCAGUAAUCAUUUCACUGUAAGCACAGGAAUCGGAACACAACCUACCCCUGAGUUUGAAGUGUACUGAAAUAAAUUUGUUUUAUGUUGUAACAAAUAUUUUAUGUUUGUUCAUCUUUUGUUCUGCACUUACUAGCCGUUAAAGUAGGUUUUUUAAACUAAUGAAUCAUAUUGUUACUCCUGACAUUUGAUCAAUUUUACCUCUUCGUUCUUAUAAUUAGGUAGACGUUUAUAUUUAUCUGUUGUUACUGCGUUAUGUAAUUUAAUCGUUGUGAGAGAUUUUAUUUUUGUAUACUUUCCUCUUUUAUCCACUACCAUAAAUUGUGGAUUCAGAAAUUACUUCAUCUAGAAUUACUUUUCUGAAAAUAUUGAAGUGCUGAGAACUGUUUCAUGAGUAAAUGUAAGUUCAUACUUUUCUAAGAGACAGUUGUCUGCCCAACCCUAUGUUCGUAUUAAAAAUAAAUCAACGUUUUAUUCUAAACCAUA